ACCGGAUCGGACAACAAAAUAAGAAGGGAUGCGUUGUGCACGUAUCGAAUCCGUUUUACCCUUUCCUCGCCUGACGCCAGAGAGCUGAAGGUCGCACGGAUUGAUCGUUGUCGCCGACUGCUCGGUCUCUGAAUCCAGUGAUCGAAGAUGUCAUCUCUUGCAGCUGCUAGAGCAGAUAAUUUUUACUACCCACCAGAAUGGGAACCAAAAAAGGGUUCCUUGAACAAGUUUCAGGGACAACAUCCUUUGAGGGAAAGAGCCAGAAAGUUAGACCAAGGCAUACUAAUUAUAAGGUUCGAGAUGCCCUUCAAUAUCUGGUGUGGUGGAUGCAAUUCGAUGAUUGCCAAAGGUGUAAGGUUUAAUGCAGAGAAAAAGCAAGUGGGAAACUAUUAUUCGACAAAGAUAUGGAGCUUUACCAUGAAGUCAGCUUGUUGCAAGCAUGAAAUAGUGAUACAGACGGACCCAAAGAACUGUGAAUAUGUCAUAAUCAGUGGGGCUCAACGCAAGACGGAGGAUUAUGAUAUAGAGGAUGCGGAGACAUUUGCCCUUCCAGCCGACGAAGUUAUAGGCAAGCUGGCUGAUCCCUUUUACCGUCUCGAACAUCAAGAAGAAGAUCUGAGAAAGAAGAAGGAAGUCGAGCCGUUGCUGGUUCGUCUUGAGAGAGUCUCAGACAGUCGGCAUGCUGACGAUUAUAGCCUAAACAGAGCCCUUCGAGCUCGUCUUAGAAACCAAAAGAGAAGGGUCGAGGAAGAAGAGGGGGUAUCGAGGAGGAUGGGCCUUGGCAUCCGGCUUCUCCCCCCCUCAGAAGAAGAUGCAGCAGUAACGGCUGCGGUUAGAUUUGCCUCGAAAUUUGAUAGGAACAGAAAGAACAAGCGGGCAGCAAUUAUGGCUUCCUCCAUCUUUCCAGACUCAUCGGCAUCUGCAUCGGGAAGUAAAAGAUCAGAGCUGGAAUCAAAGAGAAGAAAAAUAAAAGCAACCGCAGCAUCUGCAUCAUUGGCCGGAAGAGUCAAGCCUUUGUCGUGGCAACACAGCGCAGGGUUCGUAAAGCACUAACACAGAAAGGAUGCCAAUGGUUUGGUAGAAGAUUGCAGUUACCCACGUACAUAAAGUAUUUUGGCCAUUCGUGCUUGGCAGUGGUAUGUGAGAACAUACGGAAUGCAUGCUUUGUUUUCUCAACCUCCAUCUGCCUGUCGUAAUGACCUGAAAACACCAAGGAGGUAUCUUUUUUGAGUAGUACAAACAGAUUGAUCUUUUUUGGUUUUUGGGUCUUAUGGAACAAGGUUUGGGCUUCAACAAUGAAAAUAACUGUUUCACA